AUGUCCCCCCCUCCUCCUCUCCCUUCCCCCCCUCUCCCCCAUCCCCCAACAAGCACACUAACCUACCUCCGCACCCAGCACGACGUCCCCCCAAAAUCCCUUUUACAAACCCGCCGCGAACUCACAAAAUCCGCCCUCUCCUCGAAAACCCACACAUCACUUGAAAAAACGCGUCUCAAGCACGAGAAAAACCUCGCUGAAGCACGGAGAGAAGAGGCGCUUCGUCCGAGACUGGUUGCUCGGUCACGAGAUGGUGUUGGUUCAUGGCAUGGGAGGAUGGGGAUGGGGAGGGGGAGGUAUAUGGCGUUUUUGGUAUUUCAGAGCGGAUUUGCGGGUAUGCUUGUUUUGGCGACGAUGAUGGAGGGGAGGAGGGGAAGAUAUCCAGGACCGAAAGCAAAGGUAAUGAUGGGUCAGAGAGUUCUUUUUGAAUUAGUCCUCAGUAUCCUGAUCAUGGUUUCUGGUCUUUUAUGGGGUGCAAUCCUCUGUCUGCUCAGUAUCCGAGGGGGUAAGACGGGGAAGGAUUGGUUGGGACUUAGGGAGGUUAGUUCACUAGACCAAAUUCAGGAUGAGAAGUUAGGAAAGAGGGACUUGGAAGCGGGGUUAGCGGUCGUUGGUGGGAGAUAUGGAUAUGGAUAUGAAGAGAAGAAAAGGGUGAAGAUCAUAAAGAUAUGUGUACGGGACACUCAUCGACUCGACCAUAAUCCUCCAAACACUCUCACCGCAAACAAAUCAAACCUCACAAAGAAAAAAACCACAGCAGAGAAGUUAAAGAUAUCCCCAACUUCAACUUCUCAUCCACGAUCCCGUACCAACAGAUCAAUAACUCACCCCUCACCUCCAACCCCCAAAGUCUCCAUAACGCCCUCAUUACUCCCAGAUCCAGCGCAAAAAGAGGAGUUCAUCAUCCCACCACCACCACCAACAGCUUCGCGCUCUCGAGCGAGUACUCAGCCCAAGACGUGGGUUUAUACGAGGGAUAUCCCGUUAGAUACUUUGACACCCGAGGGAACAGUUACAGAGAGACGACAGAAGACGUUGUCUCUUCAGUUGGGGGAUGUGUCUGUUAUCGAUGGGGAGAGAGAGGAGGGUGAUGAGGUUUUUGUUGUUGGUGGUGAGGAUGAUGAGUAG